GGCGAGGUGGAAUACAAGACGGAAGAGCAGUUGAGCGCAAAGAAGAAGAUGCCGACUGGCGAUAAAGGCGGCAUGCUGAACAUCUACACUGACGGCAGCUCGCUGGGCAAUGGUGCGCUUGGCGCCGUCGCGGGCGUAGGCGUCUUCUUCGGACCCCAGGAUUCAAGAAACGUUUCCGAAUCCCUCGUCGGGCCCCGCCAAACGAACCAACGCGCCGAGCUCACGGCCAUCCAACGCGCCCUCGACAUCGCGCCUCUGCACCGCGACGUACAAAUCUACAGCGACAGUAACUACGCCAUCAACUGCGUGACGGUGUGGUUCCAUUCGUGGCGCAAGAACAACUGGCACACAUCGGCCAAGAAGCCGGUCGAGAACAAAGACCUCGUCGAGACGAUCGUGGCGCGCCUCGAGGAGCGCGACGCCGCGGGCGUCAAGACCAAGUUCCAAUGGCUGAAGGGGCACGCCAACGACCCGGGCAACAUAGCCGCAGACGCGCUGGCCGUGACUGGCGCUCGCAACGCCGCCAAAGACAUAGUGAACGCGGCAGCAGCGGCCGCGGCGGGACCGCCCCCGCCCGAAGCCGAGGCGCAGGCGGAGCUAGAGGAGGCCGAAACCGAGGGAUACUAGGGGAACCUUAGUAGGUUGGUAAGCUUAAGGUUCGGAAAGGGGGAUGGAAGGAUGCGCUGGUGCGGCACGCCAAGCGGCCGCGCGCGGAAAGGACGAAGGAUUGCACGCCCGGAAUGUCAUGUAUGUUAUGCAGCCAGACGCAAGCCACGAAAUGAUACCCACGUGCUUCACGCCCGGA